GGAAAGGCGCUGGGGCAACAAUCAGGGACAACGGUCGGUUGAGUGAUGCAAAGGUUCGAAGGCAACUUCUCAAUUGGGCUCAAGAUGAAGCCAAAACCAUCUCAAAGCAAAGCAAGCUCAUAUGCUCCUGCAAAAAUUACCACAACAACUCCUUCUUCUUGAUACACGGUCUCCUCGUCGGCAGGUGCAUGUCGAUCAUGUCCAAACCUGAUGAGUCAGCAACUUCCCCAGCGGCCGACUUCGGCCGCGAAUAGCCACACAAAACGGCAAACCCCACACCAACGUCAAUUCGAUCAAGGAUUAUUUUGUCGCAUCUGAAUCUGAGCCAGCCCGCCCACCAACAAUCCCUUCAUCACGCCCUCUCAACCUCCUCUACUACUCCCUACAGUGGUCAAUUGGGCUCGCUCCCUAUCGGAAUCAUGCUGUCCGCUACCUCUUCCGCCCUGCGCACCAGCGCUCGCCGCGUUGCCCCCCGCGCCGCCGCUGUCUCAACCCUCGUUGCGCCCGUGCCCAAGAUCUCCCUCGGCCGAAGCUUCAAUGUCGCACAGGCUCGAUGCCUCUCUUCUACCGGUCGUUUGUCCUACGCUAUCCAGACCAACCCCAACCCUCCUCUGGGUAUGAAGAAUGCCUCCAACGAUUCUCCCUCAAGAAUUGGCCUCAUUGGAGCUCGUGGCUACACUGGUCAGGCUCUUAUCGAUCUUCUGAACGAGCACCCCAUGAUGGAUCUUCGACACGUUUCUUCCCGUGAACUUCAGGGACAAGAGUUGAAGGGCUACAGCAAGCGCAAGAUCAUCUACGAGAGUCUGUCUCCUGAGGAGGUUGCUCAGCUGGACAAGGAUGGCAAGGUCGAUGCCUGGAUUCUGGCGCUCCCCAAUGCUGUCUGCCAGCCCUUCGUUGAGGCUCUGGGCAACAGCAAGAGCUUGAUUGUCGAUCUUUCCGCCGAUUACCGUUUCGACGAGGACCAGAAGACAUGGAAGUAUGGUCUUUGCGAGCUUCAGCCCAGAAGCCAGCUUGCCACAGCUACAAGAAUCUCCAACCCUGGCUGCUAUGCUACUGGCUCUCAGCUUGCUUUGGCUCCUAUUGUUGAGCACCUCGGUGGUAUUCCUAGCAUUUUCGGUGUCAGUGGUUACAGCGGAGCUGGUACCAAGCCUUCUCCCAAGAACGACACCAACAACCUCAAGGACAACUUAUUGCCUUACUCCCUCACAGGCCACAUCCACGAGCGAGAAAUUAGCCAUCACCUUGGUACACCCGCUGCUUUCAUGCCCCAUGUCGCCUCUUGGUUCCGCGGUAUUCACCUGACCGUCAACAUUCCCCUGAACAAGGAGAUGACAUCUCGUGAUAUUCGCCAGAUCUACCAGGACCGAUAUGCCGGCGAGAAGCUCGUCAAGGUUGUCGGUGAAGCUCCUGUUGUCAAGGCCAUCCAGGACAAGCACCACGUUGAGAUUGGUGGCUUUGCUGUCGACAGCACCGGCAAGCGUGUCGUCGUAUGCGCCACCAUCGACAACCUCCACAAGGGUGCCGCCACACAAUGCCUGCAGAACAUGAACCUCGCACUCGGAUACGACGAAUAUCAGGGAAUCCCCAUCUAAGCCACCAACACCACGGCGUAUUAGUCGCUCCGAUAUCCACCAUAGAGAACAAGUUCAACACACCACAGAGCAAGGGACGCGCCAAUUCCAAAGCGGUCCAAGCAAAGCAUCAAACAUCUGUACCGAACUCCAACCAUCAUACCGCUAUACCAGUUGCGGAGGAGAGGAAAGCAAGCAUAUUUAGAACAUGUCACGUCUGGGGAAGAAGACAUUUUUUUUUUGUUAUGAUACAAAUACAAUUCUAGAUAGAGGCUGAAAGAUUAAUAACAGCUACCUUUCCUGAACUCCGCGUAUACGUUCCUGAUAAAAAGAAGAUCUAAAUAAGAUACAUGAUUGUAAGAGAUGGCGGUGGAAGUGAGGGUGGAGUUAUGUGCUCUUGGACUUCUUGUCAUCGCUACCUUUUGAGCCAGACUUUUUAUCGUCAGCUUUCUUGUCGUCCUUGGAGCCCUUCUUCUUAUCAUCCUUCACCUCAGGGCUCUUGGUCGCAUCAUCACUACUCUUUGUCUUGGUUGAAUCCUCCUUCUUGGUCUUGGUGGUGUUCUUAUCGUCGUCCUGCUUGGACUUUGUCUUGGUAGCGUCGUCGCUGGUCUUUGUUUUGGUGCUGUCUUCUUUCUUGGUCUUGGUCUUGUCGUCCUUGUUCUUGCCGUUUUGCUUCUUGUUGUUGGUCUUGAAGUACUUGGUCUCAUCAUCACCACCAUCAUCAUCGUUGCCAGAGGUUUCUCCCUUCUUGAGAGUGCCGAUUCUGGUGGCUGGGCGAGUGAAGAUGGUGACUUCGGGAUCACCUUCAGCACCAUCAUCAGAACUGUCGUCAUCACCGUCAUCGCGCCUGUCGAUGCCACUGCGCUUUGAACCGCCGGUCUUGGGAUUGAUGAAGCCAGCGACGACACCGUUUGACUUUGACUUUGAAGAUGAAGAGCCACCAGGUGAGAACUUGAUCUUGGUGUCGGCGGCGUUCUUGUUACCAGACUUAUCCUCUGGGCGAAGAGCAUAGCCAGCCUUGGGUGCACCACCGGGGGGAAGAACCCAGGCUUCAGCGCCCAUGAUGCCGCUGAGGCAGAUUGUCAAAGCGAGAACGGGCUUCAUUGUGAAGUUUUAAUGAAAUGAUAUAGAGAAUAGGGAAUGGAGCGAGUGUCUUUGAGUUGAAGUGUUUGUUGAACUGAUCAAACCACAACAUUACAAGAUAGCAACCAGUACUUAUAUGUCAG